CGGCUAGUUAUAACGCUGCUUGUUUAGUCAUUCCGUGGGAGGAGGAGGAAGAGGAGGAGUCGCGGAUGGAGGAAGAGGAGGUGUCCUGUCUGCUUGUCUGUGUCCAGAGGAGAGGAGAGGAGCGGCCGCCAUGUUAACCAAGAAGCCCGGAGCCUCGGUCCUUCCGACGGGCAAAGUGGGCGAGCCGGUCUAUUCACCAGGUCACAGCAGCUCUCAGACCACCUCACCUGCUGCUCUGCCACCCCUACGCAAUAACAACCACCACCACAACGCCUUGACGGGAGGCUCUAAACCCAACAUGACGGACACUGCCGUCCAAUCACAGGUCCACAUCACCCAGCUGUACGAGGAGAACAGUAACAAACGUGCUGUCCUCACUUCCCAACCUAAUGGCCUGGCUCCACUCAACUCUACCCGACCAGGUUUGCUACUACCUGACAGGCAGACCUCUGCCACAGACCCUGCCCACCAUGGCCGCCAGGGCAGCGCCACGUCCAACAAGUCGACAGAAAGCAAGACAAAGCCUAACCCUCUGACCCCGGAGCAGGCCAUGAAGCAGUUCAUGUCCAAAAUGUCCACAUUUGAACAUCACGAAAUUUUCAGUUUUACUGAAGUUUAUUUUGUUGGACCCAACGCUAAGAAGAGGACAGGGGUCAUGGGUGGGGCCAACAAUGGGGGUUAUGAUGAUGACCAGGGUUCCUACAUCCAUGUUCCACAUGAUCACAUCGCCUAUCGCUAUGAAGUUCUCAAAGUCAUUGGCAAGGGCAGCUUUGGACAGGUGGUUAAGGCAUUUGACCACAAGGUGCAGACCCAUGUGGCUCUAAAGAUGGUCCGCAACGAGAAGCGCUUCCACAGACAGGCAGCGGAGGAGAUCCGCAUCCUGGAGCACCUAAGGAAGCAGGACAAGGACUCGAGCAUGAAUGUUAUCCACAUGCUGGAGAAUUUUACCUUCAGGAAUCACAUCUGCAUGACCUUUGAGCUGCUUAGCAUGAACCUUUAUGAGCUCAUCAAGAAGAACAAGUUUCAGGGCUUCAGCCUUCCGUUGGUUAGGAAGUUUGCCCACUCCAUCCUGCAGUGCCUGGACUCGCUACACAAGAACCGCAUCAUUCACUGCGACCUCAAGCCUGAGAACAUUUUACUGAAGCAGCAGGGACGCAGCGGCAUUAAGGUAAUUGACUUUGGUUCUAGUUGUUAUGAACAUCAAAGGGUUUACACCUACAUCCAAUCAAGGUUCUACCGAGCCCCAGAGGUCAUUCUAGGUUCCAGAUAUGGGAUGCCCAUUGAUAUGUGGUCCCUUGGCUGCAUCCUGGCUGAGCUCUUGACGGGUUUUCCAUUGUUACCAGGAGAGGAUGAAACAGACCAGAUGGCCUGCAUUAUUGAACUGUUAGGAAUGCCAAGCCAGAAACUCCUUGACGCAUCCAAACGGGCCAAAAACUUCGUAUCAUCCAAAGGGUACCCACGUUAUUGUGUCGUCACCACAUUGCCUGAUGGAUCAACUGCACUAAAUGGUGGUCGAUCCCGGAGGGGAAAGAUACGCGGCCCUCCAGGAAGCAAAGACUUGAGUGCAGCAUUAAAGGGCUGCGAUGACCCUCUCUUCCUGGACUUUCUUAAACAGUGUCUAGAGUGGGAUCCUGCACUUAGGAUGACACCCAGCCAAGCACUGCGCCAUCCGUGGCUGAGGAGGCGGCUCCCAAAACCUCCUGCAGGAACAACAGCAGGAGACAAGACCUCGUCAUCUAAACGGGGAACGACCACCUCUGAAGGCGUCAUCACCUCUAUUCCCAAGCUCGCCACCACCUCCUCAACCACGGUUAUGACCUCCUCCAAAACACGGACUAAUAUAGCAGCAAUUACUGAUGCUAACGGAAACAUUCAGCCAAGGACGGUUUUACCCAAACUUGUCAGUUGAGAGUAAGUGCACCCUACACGCUGUGGUUUGAGCAACUAGUAGAACCUGAGAAGCAGAGGGUUUGUUCAGUUUUGAGUGUGCGUCUUUUGCGCAGUGGUGUUUCUUCAUGGCGUUGUUGGGGUGCAGUCAGUACAAACAAAGCUUUGCAUUGGGUUGGAUAACGUGCAUCGGGAUGUCCAAGCUGGGAUGUAAGAAGUGCUGAAAGGAAACAGAACACCCGGGGUGCGUUGUUUUUACAAUAUUUCAAAUGGUAAGCAGAAGUGGAUGCUGCUCUGACAAUCAACACCACAACACUGUAGCUGCCAAGCUGACACAACAUACUCUGAACAUGGUGCUGACUGAGGGAACAAAGCGUUUAGUCUUUUGCUUCUAGCACAGAAUGAGCCCAGUUUACAUUUACCGCAAAGCGUUCUGUGAGCACUCCAAAAGUUGUUGCGGUGCUUGACCCUAACAAAACCUGCUACAGAAUUCCCAAUUUCUGCUCCCACUGGAAGCUGUUUUCCACAAUACCACAGUUAGUAAAACCAUAGUAAUCAUUUUUAUUCCAAAAAGCAUAAAUUUCCCACGAUUUGAAACUACUGUUUCUAUCUCAUCACCAGUCAUCUUUUUAACCAGAAAUGUGUUUUUAAAUAAAUAAAAACCUGUCUGUGGAUCUAGCCAAAGUUCAGCCACGACUCCCUGGAUUGUUAGAUAGGAAAAAUGUAUUCUCAUUUCUAUCAAAAAUCAGUGAGAGAGGUUUGUGAGAUGAUUGCUAAACAAUGAUCGAUUUAUGUUAAUAAAACAUCCACUGGUUUCCAUUGGUUUACCAAGGAGGUUAACUUGUAUUUCCAGAGAAAUUAAAAAACGUUUUAAUCGAAAUCAAAAUGAAAUUUGAGCAGAAAGAGUUAGGCAUAAGAGUAAGUUAGUAGCUGGAUGAUUUGGUUUUAUUAGGAGGCACUACUGGUUGACGAGUGUAACCUAGCUCUGUUUACAGCAUGUAGCCUGAAGUAGUUGAAACUUGACAAUUACAUGUCAUUUUUACAUGCUUUGAAGCUAAGCUCUAGGUGAAACGAUUUUAAAGUAUGAGGAAAAGGUUACAUGGAAAAUUAAGUUCAUAAGUAAGAGGACUAUAUAUAUAUAUAUAUACAUAUAUAAAUAUAUAUAUAUGUGUGUCGCAUAUAAAAUUCAAAUCAGUUCUCAAAAAUAAUUUACACAGUUAAUGGGCUAAUUUUGACAGCCCUAAUGUAAUUUUGAAUUUUCAAAAAAACAAAGAAAAAUAUACUGGAAUGUUUUGGAAUUUAGGAAUGAAACAAGUUUGCUUAAAUUGAAAGGAAAGUUGAAAGGAAAGUUGAUUAAUGAGGGUUUGUGGAUGAGAUGAAAACCAGAUUUUUUUGAUGACAUUUUUGGUCAGCUAUCUAUAAAAGCUACAGUAAGUUAAAAUAAAGCUGCUGCUUAACUUAAAGCUAAAUUAGGUUUCUAUCCCAUUGGUAGACUUCCAACAGUUUGAUUAAAAUUAGAUCAAAAUAUGAAUUUUACAUAGUGUUGAGGAACAAUUGGGAGAAGAUUUUCCAUAUUACAUCAGUGAGGUAAUAAUUUCAAAUGUCCAGACUGGGAGAAACUUUCUGCAACACAGAGACAAAACGUUAGGUUGCCACAAUAUCUGCUGUAAUGUCACAAAAAUAAAUAUUACUUGAGGAGGCAGUUAAUGGGUUGUAGUAAUGGUGAAAAGUCGGCAGAGAGAACCUACUGUGUUUUAAGCUUAGGAAAAGCAAAGUCCAAAAUGAAAAAAAAAAA